AUGUGUGAUAUCUCCAUCCGUGAAUACAUCCGCUGGCUGCCGGAAGAAGCUAGCGAGCCCACAUCGACCAUCGUGUUGACAACGCCCAACCGUCGAUUUGUCGAUCUUCGUAUUCUGGAAUCUGGCUCCUCGGUCAAUGUCGGCAAGGCCGUCUUGACAGACCAUGUCACACUCCCGCUCUCCCGUUUAGAUUGGGCCAUCGCUGGCACGUCGUCAUCAUCCAUGAUUCCAUCAAAGGGAGACCAGGGGCAAGAAAUUAAACACUCUCAAUGGGCCCACUGGAUUGAUUCACGGGUGGUGGAUUGCGACGGCGUCGUGGAUGAGGGCGACAUGUUUGACGACCCCUCAGACCCCAGCCUGACCUUGGAAACGGGCCGGAUGCUGAACCCGGCCACCGGCGUGGAGACGGAUUAUGAGGAGGUAUGGCGGUCUGACCCAAUACAGACGGUGCCCGCACCUGACGGGAGCGACGGAAAGGUUACUUGCCUCGCAUUACGGAUGGAAAGCGUGACGGGGACCGACGAGGGGCCGGAGAAAAGGGUCAAACGGGGGUUGGUGGUCCGAUUGGGCCAGUACUGUCAGGCAUUUGCCCGGGACGGCGACAGCAUCACUGUUGAAAGACUCAGGUGGGAUGCCGGGCAGCAGUGGUGGGUGACACAGUUCCGGAUUGGGGACCAGGAGCUGCCGACCGAGAUUGCGACUCAUCUCGCCCAUGAGACCACUCUCGAUGAUGAAGUUAGAGUGGGCGGUGCCGUUUGGAAAGUGGUCGAGAGGGUCUAG